AUGCAGACGGUCCUGUACCUUUGCGGCUCUGAAAUGCCAUCAGGGAGGUGUGGACUGAAGGUGCCGAGGAGACGAAUGCUCAGGCCAGAAAGGGGUUAUAAAGACACCAUCCCCCGUUCUCCCAAUCCUCUUCUUCUUCUUCUCUUCUUCAAGCAUUCACAUCACACACUCGCUGCUUUUUUGGUUAUUCCAAUCGUUACCAUCAAUAACCAACAACACUCGCUACCAACAUUCGUUCCACAAACAUCCACUAUCGCCAUCUCCGCCAUCUACGCCAUCUCCAACAUCUAUUACCAUCCCCCAUCAUUUACCAUGGAACGAAUUUUGGAGAUUAUUCGCCUCAAUAUAAACAUAGCGAGGAGCCCACCCCGGGACGAAGCCGAAGUCUUGGUGGCAACCCAGGCCGAAAAUGAAGGGAACCCGGCUCCCAUUCAACCGGGCCAGUCCCCCUCGUCGGCCCAACAGCACGGAUCGAGUGCAGUGGGCGGGGCGGCGGCGGGGGGGAGCCAAACUGGCUCGGGGGGGUUGGGGGAACUUCUGGCCUGGGGGGCCCGCCGGGUCUAG